AUGCAUCAACACCCUCGUCCGCCUCCUAUCACAGCCUCCCCCGCAACCUCUGAGCAAACGAAUCCCAGCCGCACAAACAACCCAAGAGAUCGAGACGUCCACGCUCUAAGGACAAACUCUCCUCUCACCCAAGGCUCCGGGUCCUUAGAGGACUUUGCUUCAGCCCGUCAAGAUCAACCUGCGGACAACCCCGGCGUCCAAAUGCAGAGGCUCAAUCAGGUCAUCCAGAACUUCCACACCAAGUCCGCCCUGAUCAUCCUUCAGUCUCGCGUCGACCUGGCUCCGGCCUACUCUCAGAAGACCGACAACAAGAGAGUGAACCGUUGGUUCAACAUCGAUAUCGAGGAGACGGAUGAGUACAAGGAUGACAUCAAGAGGUGGAAGACCUGCGAUGUGGAGUACAACAGGCCUCCUCCGUUGGUCAUAGAGAUCUUCCUGAGCACCGAGUCCUUGCAGCAAGGACAGCGCUUGGUCAUUGUGGACGAAGAUGGCAAGAGAUGGGAUGUCAUGAACACCCUGAUGUCUGCCCGCAGUGCUUCGCGCGGGAGCCAGCGUCGAAUGGCGGACAUUGACGAAGUCAUCCUUGAGCGAUGGACCAUCGAACUUGGCGAACCGACGGCUCCCAUUCCCCCCGACCUUGCCAUGGUGCUCCCUUUGGUCUACAAAAAGAGCAUCGUCUUCUUCAGAUCUCUCUACACCUACAGCAAUUUCCUUCCGGCGUGGAAACUGUCGAGGAAGAUAGGGAAAGGACGCUCCCAUAUGGCCUUGAAGCUGGGCUACAGAUUGGUGGACGGGUCGCGGAUGAGAAGCUUGUCUCGCUCCGACAAUCUCGGCACGCGGCUCUUCGACAGCAACUCGGGCGUCUUGUUGUCCUACGACUUUGGCGUGACAGAUUCACCUGCCGGACCCUUUUCUGUCAAGGUUGAUUAUCGCCAGAACUGCGAUUUCCGGAUAGACGACUCCGAAGAGCUGUUGAGCUCCCGCUUCUUGGGCGCUGAUGACGAGCUGUUCCGCCCGUCGUUACCCGGUGACAAGGUGCUCCGGACGGAGAUUGGAUCGCUACCUUCAGACCGACGACAGAGGUUACUGGAGCAAGCAGAGCUGGGUCAUGCGUAUGGGAGUCUGACGAGUUUCCAUCAAGCAGGCAUUGCGACCGGGACCGACCCAAUCUCUGCUUUGCGAAACGCUCAAGAUUUCAAUGCAAGCUCCUCUCCUCCCACUCCUGAACCGGCCAGGCCGGUCGUACCCUCACACCCAGCAGGCCAAAACUCUCGAAACUCGCUCCGAGCCGUAGCUGCCAAUCGACGAAGCUCAAGCUCAUUCUCCGUCCAACCGUUCAAGACACCGACUUUGUCAGCGUCCCCUCUUGGCGUCUCUCCUAUGGCCAGCUCGCCCAGAACGCAUUCUGCUCGACUCCCCGCCCUGGGCUCCUUGACGGAAGAGAGCAUUCAUCCCCCUGCAGCAGCUCCUGUCACCCUGGCCGGGCGACGAGCUGGGUCCCUUGCCUCGGACAAUGCCAUUGCCUCGUCGACCUCGAGUUCUCCAAAACCCGCCCCAGUCACAAGGUAUAGCAGUAGCUUUAGCCACAGGCGGGCAAGGCUUUCCUCAGGCGGGACCACCGUGCGCACAGACGAAGAUCAGACAAGCAGUGGAAGAGGAAGUGCCACCUCUUCUGCCCAGCCUGGUUCGGGUUUGAUGACAGAAGGAGCUGCGGGAGGUGGGAGCUCAGGGUCGAUGGCGGAUGAUGAUGGGGAGAAUAUUUCCAGCUUCCUGAAGAUGCUGGAACUGCAGAAGGAUCUUCUCACUCCUACAACGUCGACUGCCGCCGAAGCGAACACGAGGAGAACGGCCGCGGCUCUGAAUCGAUAUCACAGAAUGCGAGACUCCAAUACUGCGCUGUCGGAUUCCAUGUCAUCAUCAUUAAUGUUGCAGAGAUCGUCCACUUCUUCCAGUCGUCAGCUGUCCGGGGUCCCUCCUAUGGUGGCGGGAACGUCUAUUUCAACUUCUUCCUCUCCUGGAAAGCCAAUUUCGCCUCACACACCACAUACACCUUUUGCACCCUCUCGCCUUAGCGCUGCUUACAGCCAUGAUGAUGCCGACGAGCCGCAUCGCCUGGCUCCCGAGGAGCCGCCUUCACCGUCUGAAGCCGCAACAGAGGAGACUGCACACGCUCAAUCAACAUCCAAUGUGCCUGCCAUUGACAUUCCCAACUCUCCCAGACCCUUUCCGUCCUACCAGCGUUCCAGUUCUGCCCAGCGAAUGCCGUUGAGCUCCGACGAAGAUAUUGGUGAUCUAUAUGGGAUGCGAAGUGCCAGUAUGGGAGCCGAUCGUCGGAGUCAUCGCCGAGAGUCUGCUCAAGAUCACGCCGAUGGGGCUACUGGUGAAGGACAAGAGCCAUCCCGACAAGUCUCCAUCGGCUCUCCUCGACGAUCCUCCCAGGUUCAUCGUCAUUCGAGCCUUGCAACGGCCCUGACGAACGAUGACGGCGCUUCCGACUCCGCAUCGGGACGAUCCUCGGCCAAUAUUUACCGUAACCAGGCUGCCAGCAGAAACGGAGUCGGACGACGAGCCACACCUCCUCAAGGCUCUACGUCAAGCAUGGGUGGAACCCGCGGUAGCAUCGAUCCAGGAGCCGGUAGCGCCGGCAGCAGCGUCAGCGUGCCGUGGCGAGGAAGAAGCAGUGGAAGUCGACCAGAAAACCGCUUCGAUGAUGACGACCUUUUACCUUUUGCCAUGGAAAAGAGCGAUUUUCAUACGGCUGGGAGGGCGGGUGAUGUCAAUGGGGGAAGUUGA